AUGCUUGCAGUACACUUUGUCAUUCUCACCAUCUUGAUUCUAUCUGCAGUUCAGCGUUCUGCCAUCACCACAAGUGAAUGUUCCACUUGGGGUAACUUCCACUUUCAGACAUUUGACGGUGCAAAAUUUGACUUUCCUGGAAAUUGCCAUUAUGUUUUUGCCUCACACUGCAAAGACAAUUACCAGGACUUCAAUAUCCAAAUAAUGAGGAGCAUCAAGAAGAAGACUGCCAUCUAUUUCACUGCCACUAUAGAUGGAGUGCUUCUGGAGGUCAAAGAAUCAGGCAUCACAGUAGAUGGGAAGAAGACUCCUCUGCCCUUCAGCUUGAAGAGUGUUCUAAUAGAAGACAUUUAUCCUUACUUCCUAAUAACCUCCAAACUAGGCCUGACUCUCAAGUGGAAUUGGGGUGACACUCUCCUAUUGGAUUUAGAAGAUACUUACAAGGGAAAAACCUGUGGUUUGUGUGGGAACUAUGAUGGCAACAACAAAAAUGAUUUGCUCCUGCAUGGUUAUCCACUCUUCCCAUGGCAGUUUGGAAACCUUCAGAAAGUAGAAGAUCCAACAGAGAAGUGUCCUGAUGUACUUGGAGACAGCAGACAGCACAAAGACAACUCUCAUCAGAAAGAUAAAUGCAAAAAUAGAUACAAAUCUACAUGCAAGAAAGUCCUGUCCAGCUUUGGGAAGUGUAACAAGGUGGUUGCCACUGAUGAUUAUCUAGACAUUUGUAUUGAAGAUAUGUGUGGCUGUUCUGAGAAAUCUCAUUCUGUUCUGGUCGCAAGCUGUGUGUGCAGCACUCUCAGCCAGUACUCCCGGGACUGUGUCCUCAAGGAUGGAGACCCAGGAAAAUGGCGAUCCAAGGAACUCUGUUUCCAGAAAUGUCCAAACAACCUGGAAUAUACAGAAUGUGGAAACCCCUGUACUGAUACCUGCUUCAACCCAGAAAGGAGCAAAAUAUGUAAAGCCCCAUGUACAGAUGGCUGCUUUUGUCCUCAGGGAACUAUUCUUGAUGAUAUCAAGAGCAAAAAAUGCAUCCUCCUUGGCAGCUGCCCAUGCACAUUUCAAGGCAAAGUCUAUACAGCUGGAGACACCUACUCCAUCCCCUGCCAAAACUGUACCUGCAUGGGAGGAAAAUGGUCCUGCUUAUCAUUGCCUUGUUCUGGAAACUGUAAUCUAGAAGGAGGAUUUCACAAAACUACAUUUGAUAAGAAACAAUUCAUUUUCCAUGGCAACUGUCACUAUGUUUUAGCUAAGGACACAGAUGGCUCCUUUGUGGUCAUUGGAGAGAUUGAUCAAUGUGGUGUUUCAGACACUAUGACUUGUUUAAAGAAUGCUUUCAUCACUUUAGGAGCCCUUAGUAUAAGAGUCUGUUCCCGUGGCGAUGUGUAUGUCAAUAAUGUCAUUGUAGUGUUGCCUGUAACUAAAGAUGGCGUCAUGCUCUUCAGACCAUCUACAUUCUAUGUCAACAUUGUGACUUCUUCACGGGUACAAAUUCAAGUGCAACUGAAACCCAUUAUGCAAAUCUUCAUAACAGUAGAUGAAACUUACCAAAACCGUAUUUCUGGCCUUUGUGGAAAUUUCAACAAUGAGCAGAUGGAUGAUUUUCAGACCAUCACUGGGAUUGUAGAAGACUCUGCUUCAGCAUUUGGAAAUUCAUGGAAGAGUAUGGCAAACUGUGCUGAUGUUCGAGACAGCUUUAAGGAUCCCUGUCAGAAAAGUGUAGAUAAAGAAAAAUUUGGGCAGCGGUGGUGUGCCCUUCUGUCGGAUGCAAACGGGAUAUUUGCUGAGUGCCAUUCCAUUAGGGACCCUGCUCCUUAUGUCAAGAACUGUAUUUAUGACAGUUACAAUGCUGAGAAGAGUAAAGAGGCUCUGUGCAGCGUCUUUUCUACCUAUGCCAGAGAUUGUACAGCAAGAGGUAUACACCUGAAAGGAUGGAGAAAUGACAUCUGCGAUGUCUCCACAGAGUGCCCUAAAACUAUGGUAUACUACUAUGAAGCGAAAUUCUGUAACAGCUCUUGCCGGUCACUGAGGGAGGCUGAUGUGUUGUGCAAUGUUCAGAUUGCCCCUGUGGAAGGCUGCAGCUGCCCUGAGGGAACCUACCUAAUGAAUGAGGAAGAAUGUGUCUCUCCAGAUGACUGUCCGUGUUACUACAAGGGGCUGCUGAUACAACCUGGAAGUUCAUUCCAAAAAGACGAGGUCAUGUGCAAAUGCAUUCGAGGACAGUUAGAUUGCUUCGGAAACACAGAAACUAGGAAAGAUUGUCCUUUGCCUAUGUACUACUUUGACUGCAGCACUGCUGGCCCAAGUGCGACUGGAUCAGAAUGUCAGAAAAGCUGUAAAACCCAAGACAUGCAAUGUUAUGCUACAGAAUGUGUCUCUGGAUGCAUGUGUCCUGAUGGACUGGUGUCCGAUGGUCAUGGUAAUUGUAUUGAGGAAGAGCGAUGCCCCUGCAUGCAUGGAGGAAAUUUCUAUAGUCCUGGCACACACAUCACAGUCAACUGUAAUACAUGCAUAUGCAAUAAGAGGCAAUGGAACUGUACAAAGAACCCCUGCCAAGGAACAUGCACGGUGCAUGGAAAUGGACACUACUUCAACUUUGAUGGAGCAAAAUUUGAUUUCAUGGGACACUGUGAUUACAUCCUAGCCCAGGUAUCUAAUCUCUAAUAUCUGGACUUUUGCCCCAAUAAUCCUGAUCCUGGUACUUUUUGAAUUGUGACACAGAACACAGCAUGUGGUAAAUCCUUGAGUGUUUGUUCCUUGAAAAUUAGCAUCAUCUUGGAGGGUAGUGAAAUCAGACUUCUGGAUGGGAAAAUUGAGGAGGUAACCAGUAUGCCACAUUUUGAGAGGAACUAUAACAUCUAUCUCAUGGGAAUUUAUAUUAUAAUUGAAACUUUCCAUGGACUGACUUUCAUGUGGGAUGAGAAGACAACAGUGAUAGUGCAACUGGAGCCCUCUUUUCAGGGCAAAGUUUGUGGUCUUUGUGGUGAUUUUGACAACAGUGCCAACAAUGACUUUACCACAAGAGGGCAGUCUGUGGAGAUGCAUGCACAGGCAUUUGGAAACAGCUGGAAAGUCACCACCAGCUGUUCAGACAUAAACAAGACUGAUCUAUGUGCAAGUCAACCUUUCAAGCUCGUACUGGGACAAAAACAGUGUAGCAUUCUCAAGAGUGAAGUUUUUGGAGCUUGUCACAGUAAGAUCAACCCAACCCCCUAUUAUGAAUCCUGCAUAUCAGACUUCUGUGGUUGUGACAGCGUGGGAGACUGCGAGUGUUUCUGUACUGCUGUUGCUGCUUAUACAAGGAGUUGUAGCAAAGCUGGCAUCUGUAUUGACUGGCGAAGUCCUAAAAAUUGUCCUGUGUUCUGUGACUACUACAACUCACCCAACAAGAGGGAAUGGCAGCAUAAACCCUGCGGAGAACCUUGUUUAAGGACCUGCAGGAAUCCAGCUGGAAACUGUGACAAUCUACUAUAUGUUUUUGAAGGUUGCUACCCAGAAUGUAGUGCUGAGAGGCCAUAUUAUGAUGAGAAAAAAAGGGAAUGUGUGUCAAUGCUUGAGUGUACCUCAUGCGAUCCAAAAGAAAAACUCUGCUUGAACAAAUCAAAUGAAUGUCUUUGUUGCUACAAGGAGAAGACUUAUGCCUUGAAUGAAUUAAUAUACAACAAAACGGUCGGGGAUAUGUGCACAAUAGUAUUUUGUGGUCCCAAUGGAAACUUCAUUAGUACAUUCAUCUCUUGUGGCAUUAGCCUGAAAGACCUUAUUCAUGAUUGGAGAAAAGGGCAAGGCUCAGAGAUCGUGCCUCAAGGGAAAAAAAUGGUUCGCCCUCCAACACCAAGAGCAGGAAUAUUCAUAAAGGGUCCCACAAUCUCACCACCAAAAUUAGAAAUGAGAAUCACUCCAUGCUUCUGUAAUGUAAAUGGACAGCUGAUAACGAAUGGCAGUAGCCAGCUUUUGACAAUGGAUACUUCACAUUGGUGUAUUUAUGCCUUUUGUAAUACAUCAUGCCAGCUUGAAUUCAGCUAUGGAGAAUGUCUCUUAUUCUAUACCAGUCCUGACACAAGCAAAGUUGUCAUGAUCCCCAACAGACCUUGUAAGGGGAACAAUCAGACCUGUGAGAAAAAGCCUCCUCCUUAUUCCGGAGUUGUUUCUCCUGAGGGUGAUUGCACUGACCUCAGUCCUCCUAGAAAGUUUCAAGAAUUAUGGAAGUUUGGAAGCUGCCAAAUCGCCACUUGCUUAGGUGAAAAACAUAUUAAAGUAUCUGAUGUGCGCUGUCCUCAAAAGUUGAAACUCUGUGUCAAUGGAUUGCCGCUUGUAAAAAACCAUGACGCAUCAGGCUGUUGUUGGGCUUUGGAGUGUCAGUGUGCUUGCAAUGGAUGGGGAAAUCAACAUUAUGUAACGUUUGAUGGAUCCUAUUAUAAUUUCCGUGGAAAUUGCACCUAUUUUCUGAUGAAACCAAUCAGACCAGGAUCUCAGAACUUCUGGAUCCACUUGGACAAUCACUAUUGUGCUAUCACAGAUAGAGCUAUUUGCUCUAUGGCCCUUUUCAUAUUUUACAACCACUCUACAGUCAUUUUGACACGAGGAGUUGAAAAUGGAAAAGAAGGCAACCUGGUUCUGUAUAACAAUAAAGAAAUCACUCCAAGAUUUUCAAAAGAUGGCAUUGAUAUCAUCUCCUCUGGUCAAUACAUUGUGGUUAAAAUACCCGAAACUGGCCUUUAUGUCACCUAUACUCGCCUUGCUUUUUAUAUAAACCUGCCUUUCAGAACUUUUUAUAACAAUACCGAAGGGCAAUGUGGUACAUGCACCAACAAAAAGACAGAUGAUGCAAUGAAAAGGAAUGGCAAGAUUGCAGAUUCUUUCACAGAAAUGGCAAUGGACUGGAAAGUGAUGGACCUCAUCACUAGACACUGUGAUUCAGGUCAACACUUGGCACAUUUUCAGCCUGAAAUGUCAUCAUCCCAAACGGCAGCUUGUGUUAGUCUUACAGUCAACAAGUUUGGAAUCUUAACAGACCUUCAUCUUAAAUUAAGAUGUCACAGUGCUGUUCCCCCAUGGCCUUACUACGAUGCCUGUGUUGUGGAUGGCUGCUCCUCACCAAAACAGAACAUUGAAUGUGGAAGCCUCCAGGCUUAUGCAGCCUUGUGUGGGCACCAUGGGAUCUGUGUGGACUGGAGAAGCAAAACCAAUAGGUUCUGUGGUAGAUAUCCUGCAAAUGAAAUAUGUCAACGUUUCACAGAACUCAAAUGCUCUCGGGACCAAAUCUAUAAACCAUGUGGAAGAAUGGAAAGGCUCACUUGCUAUAGUAGAAAAAAUGCUAUUGGCACCAAUCCACCAGAAGAUGACAUUCCAGGAAUACUUGUUGAAGGAUGUUUCUGCCCUGAUGGGAUGAUCCAAUUAAAUCACCAUGAUAGUAUCUGCGUUUCUGUCUGCGGCUGCACAGGACCUGAUGGACUACUGAGACAGCCUGGAGAGAGAUGGGAAAAAGAUUGUCAGGUCUGUACUUGUAGCAAGGAGACCCUGGAUAUUUCUUGUUCACCCCACAUUUGUGCAAAAUCUCCACCAAUCACUUGCACGGGGAAAGGCCUUGUACCUGUAGUGUGGAUACAGUCAGAAGACCCCUGCUGUACAGAAAUACUGUGCGAAUGUGAUGCAAAAUCCUGUCCUUCUCUGACUGAAUGGAAGUGCAAUCUGGGCUUCCAAACUGUAGCAACCACUUCUGAUGGUGGCUGUUGCCCAAUUUAUUUGUGUAAACCCAAAAAUGUUUGUGUAUCUAAUGGAAUUGAGUAUCAGCCUGAAUCAGUGGUACCUACAGACUCUUGUGAUGAAUGUCUCUGCACUGAAACACAUGAUCCUAAGACCCAAAGCAAUAAAAUUAUGUGCACUCCAAUGAAUUGCCCUACUGACUGUCAGCCGGGCUUCCGCUAUAUCCAGGAACAAGGAGCAUGCUGUGGGAGAUGUGUGCAGACAGCAUGUGUGACAAAGCUUUCAUCCGGAAUAGUAGCCAUUGGGGUUGGGGAGAUCUACAAGGAUCCACAAGAUAAAUGUACUCGGUAUCUGUGCACCAGUGUAUCAAAUCAAUAUCUUCUGAGUACCACAGUAAUAAGCUGCCAAGUGUUUGAUCAAUCAAAUUGUAUCCCAGGAACUAUUCAAACUACAGCAGAUGGAUGUUGUGAGACCUGUACUCUCUUGUCCCAUAAUUGUAAAAUGAAUCUGAAGAGACAAUUCAUUGAUUAUAAGAAUUGUAAAUCAGCUGUUCCUAUCAAUAUUCCUUCCUGUGAAGGAUCUUGCAACACGUACUCUGUGUAUUCCUUUGUCACGCACAAAAUGAAGCACGAAUGUACCUGUUGCCAUGCUACAAAAUACCAUGAAGUGAGGGUGGAUCUGAUUUGCAGUAAAAGGAAGCAAAUAAAAUACUCAUAUCUGCACGUAGAUGAGUGCAGCUGCGUGGAGACCACAUGCCCAACAUAA